AUGCCGCUCAUUAUGAAUGCCGACGGAGGCAGUCUUAAUGGCCUGGCGGCACGGGCCUGCGACCUAUGCCACCGGAAAGACGGCAUCCUCCGAUGCUCUGCCUGCCAAGCGAUCUACUACUGUGGACGAGACUGCCAGACAAAGGACCGUGACAUCCACAGGACGCCGUGUAAGGCGAUCAAGAAGGCGCGUCUUCGCUAUGAGUUCGAGGAGAAGAAGCUGCGUGACACAACGGGCGACUGGCUCAGACCCGAUAUCUUUGAGAACCAUGUCGGGUUGUUUUGGGCAAUAUCCGAGACGCAGCCGCAUAUGCGAGCGCGCUAUGAGUUGGUGGAUGCGAUGCUGCUGAGUUACGGUACCGCCGGUGGCCCUGCGGACGUCGCCCAGAUGGCCCUGGAUCAUCUUUUAGACAUGAUGCGGCUGUGUCGCUGCGACAACAUGCGCGUGCGCUUUAUAUUCGACUCGCAGGGACCAGGGUGCCUACGACUUUAUGAAGUGCCAUUCCUGGACAUCAAAGGUGUAGAUGUGUUGGAAGCACCAGCGAAGGGAUGGACGAACACCGCUUUUCUGGACCUGAGCCACGCCGUAGCCGCUGUGCUAAUUAAGAUGCGAGUCGUGCUGAACCUGCAGGAGAUCCAGAACGCCAGAAUUGCUCUCCGCGGCGCCAUCCCACAGGAAAUUAUUGAGAUUAUCUGUGGCCAGUUUGCCAGCUCUAUCAUUGGGUCGCGGCAUGAGAUUCUCCUGACCAGGCCGGAAGAGACAGCACAGCUAGCCGAGACUAUCAAGAGCCAGAUCAGGAAAGUAUAUGGAGCCAUUGAGACGUAUAACUCACACUUCUGGGAGUUGAUGGUCAAGGAUCCGGAUGCUGGUGUGUUACAGAGACCAUUCGGGACAUAUACGCAGGGGUCGGGGGAGGAGGCUUUGAUGGUAAUCCGAUACAGCAAUGCUUCGUGGUAUGAGAUGCCGGGAGCGGUGGACUGUCGGAGUUUGAGUACGGCGGGCUGA